AUGUUCGCCCACUGUAGAGGCCCGGUCUGGGGCAGAGACGACUUUUCGCGGUGUUUCGAGCAAGACUACCUUCAAACAUUAUUCCCGCUCAUAGUAUGCGGAGUAUCCGUCGUUUACCUCCUGGUCCAACUCUACUUCGCCGCCACCGCGUCCAAAUACUACCACGCCUACAGCGCCCUCGAAGACCCCGGCAAUGUGUGGUCCUUCCGAAGUCCCCGCUACGAUGGCGAUGAAGCCUACAACGAUGCUGAAGAUGAAUUGGAACGGAAUGAAGACCUUGCACUUCAUGCAGUCAACACCGUAUCCACCAUGGCCGUAGACAAACCUCGCGGAGAACUCACGGUCGUUGUACUUGAAGAGCUGGCGGUGCUCGCACAGCUUGGACUUCAUGUCGCUGUGCUGCUGACGAAUGUAUGGGGUAGGCACGGAAAGCUUGCAGCCAUUGCAAAUGUCGCUGUCUGGGCCUACAUCGCCACACUGGCGUCGCUGCGCCUGCUUCUCUCUAGCACCAGCAGGUUCUCGUUUCCCCAUUUGUGGUACCACACUGCUUUCAUUUACGGCUUCCAAUGGGUCUUCAGCGUCCUCUUAUUCCGGUCGGCCGUCAUCCACCCGCGAUCGCCUCUACACCAGAAGCUCAUGAUUGGCGAUUUCAUCCUCGUCUCUCUAUUGUUUCUCAUCUCUCUAUGCUCUAGAAAAGGCAACAAGGCAGUAGAACUCGAGUACGAGGGCGAUAUCGCGCCUGCUCGGGAACCUAUCGCCAGUGUUUUCUCGCUUGCUACCUUCAGCUGGGUAGAUUCAAUUGUUUGGACAGGAUACAAGAAGACAUACGAGCUUACCGACGUCUGGAACUUGCCCUCCAAGGACAAGGCCGCAGCAGUCAUCGCGAACUACCGUCAGGUCAAGAAAACCUCAGGCUUGGCCUACCACCUCCUGAAGCAUUUCAAGCGUGGUUUACUCAUCCAAGCUGGCUGGGCCGCUAUUUCCGGCUUCCUUACUUUCGCGCCGACGCUGCUUCUGAAGGUUAUUCUGGAAUACGUUGAGAAACCCGACUUAACACCCGCCAACGCCGCAUGGUUCUACGUCAUCUUGCUUUUCGUCUCUGGCAGUCUGUCCGCACUUGCUGAUGGUCAAGCGCUAUGGCUCGGUCGAAAGAUUUGUAUUCGUCUACGCGCCGUCAUCAUUGGAGAGAUUUAUGCCAAAGCACUCAAGCGUCGAGCAGCUGCUACUACUGAGAAGGCAUUGGGCGAGGAAAAGAAGAAGCAGGAGCAAGAUGAGGAGCCCAAGGGACUGAAGCGCAUGUUCACUUUCGGCAAGAACAAGAAGAAGGCAACUGGAGCCUCCAAAGAGGAAGAUGCAUCAAAACCGGUAUCCGACGCUCAGGUUACAACCGGUGCUAUCAUCAAUCUCAUGGCCGUCGACGCUUUCAAGGUCAGCGAAAUCUGCGCCUACCUCCACUUUCUCUGGGCGAACACUCCAGUCCAAGUUGUUGUGGCUGUCUUCUUACUCUAUCGUAUCCUGGGUUACAGCUCGAUUGCUGGUAUUGGUAUGAUGAUAUUCCUGCUUCCCAUCAACAUGUAUGUUGCGCGACAGUUCUCCAAGAUCCAGAAGCUUAUUCUUGCCGCCACCGAUGCUCGUAUCCAUACUACUAAUGAGGUCCUUACCAAUAUCCGGAUUAUCAAGUUCUUUGCUUGGGAACAGCGAUUCAUCGGACUAGUCAACGAGAAACGGUACGUUGAGCUCAAGCAUCUACGACGACGAUACAUCCUAUGGGCGGUAGCAGCUACGAUAUGGUCGGGCUCGCCAGUAUUAAUCACGUUCUUGUCUUUCCUAGUGUACACGAACGUCGAACAUAAGGCGCUCAUUCCGUCUGUCGCAUUCACUGCCCUGUCGCUUUUCCAAAUCUUGAGGAUCCCGCUGGACCAGCUCGCAGACAUGGUUGCACACGUUCAAGAAUCCAAAGUGUCAGUAGAUCGUAUUGAGGAGUACCUAUCGGAGCCCGAGACCGACAAAUACGCGCAGCUUAUCACCCAGAAGAAGGAUGAAGAUGGUCAAGCCAUUAUUGGAUUCAAGAAUGGUACAUUCAGCUGGGGCGGAACCGACAUGGCGGACCAAGCUUCUGCAGAUGCUUUCAAGCUCAUGGAUCUUAACUUGACCUUCCGCGUCGGCAAGCUCAAUGUUGUUGUUGGGCCCACUGGUUCUGGAAAGACCUCAUUGCUCAUGGGACUGCUUGGUGAGAUGACGAAGCUCAAGGGUAGCGUCUACUUGCCAGGUGGACUCAGCCGAGAAGAUAUGACUCCCGACCCUGACACAGGUCUCACGGACAGCAUUGCUUACUGCGCUCAGCAAGCUUGGCUUGUGAACGGUACAGUCAAGGACAACAUCGUAUUUGCAAGCCACUUUGACCAGAAGCGCUAUCAAGAAGUCAUCGAGGCAUGCUCCCUAAAGCGAGAUCUCGAGAUUCUCGAUGGCGGUGACGAGACGAUCGUAGGAGAAAAGGGUGUAACGCUAUCCGGAGGCCAGAAACAACGUAUCUCACUGGCUCGUGCGCUAUACAGUAAAGCUCGUCAUGUUCUUCUCGAUGAUGUCCUAAGCGCUGUCGAUGCCCAUACCGCUAAAUGGAUCUUCCACUACGCACUUCACGGACCGCUCAUGGCCAACCGAACCUGUAUCCUGGUCACACACAACGUCAGUCUCUGCCUGCCACAUGCAGAGUUUGCCGUUGCACUCGAGAAUGGCCGGGUGGUUGCACAAGGUACAGCAGACGAGGUCAUCAACUCCGGAAAGCUCACAGAAGAUCUCACCAAAUCACGUCCUGCCUCGCGAGGAGCGUCCAAGCCUCCUUCUCAAGAGCCUUCAGAUUCAGGCGAAGAGGCAAACGGCGAUGCCAAUCACGCCAACGGAUCCGCUAAUGUCACCGUGAACGGCAAGCCGGACGCUAAGAAGAAGCCAGCCAGCAACAGCCAGGAUGAGAAGAAGGCCGAGGGCGGCGUCAAGCUCAACAUUAUCACUAUGUAUCUACGGGCUAUGGGCCCAUGGUACUACUGGCUUGGUGCUACCAUUGCUUUUGUAGCUGCACAAAUCUCCUCAGUGUCUACCAAUCUCUGGAUCCGGACAUGGGCGAACGCAUACGCAGAAAAAGGUUAUGCUGUCAUGAGUACCCAUCAUCAGACUCCGGUAACACAUGCCCCAACAUUGAGCGGUAUGGGCACAUGUAUGAACAGCGGCACCUGUAGCUGGAACAUUCCCUUCUUUGCAGCGCAACCGGAGCAGCAGACGUAUGCCUACAACACCAUGCAAACCACCUUCAGAGCCCCGAACCCAGACGUCAACUCUACGUACUUCCUGGGCGUCUAUGCCGUUCUUGGACUCAUCUUCAUGUUCAUCACUUUCUUACGAGAAGGUUUCCUUUUCGGGGGUUCUCUUGCCGCAUCUAAACGCAUACACGAACGACUCAUCCAGAAGGUUACGCAUGCCAAGUUCCGCUUCUUCGAUCAGACCCCACUUGGUCAGCUCAUGAACAGAUUCUCAAAGGAUAUUGAGUCUGUCGAUCAAGAGGUGGCUCCAGUCGCUAUCGGUGUCGUCCAUUGCUUCGCUUCCAUCAUCACCAUUGUCAUUCUUAUCUCGAUCAUUACACCUGCUUUCCUGAUCGCAGCGUUCUUUAUUUCCAUACUCUACUUCCUCAUCGGUCGCUUCUACAUCAACUCAUCCCGCGACCUGAAGCGAUUGGAGUCAGUACACCGAAGCCCGUUGUAUCAGCAGUUUGGCGAAACACUAUCUGGUAUGACGACUAUCAGAGCCUACGGUGACGAGCGCCGCUUCAUCCGCGAAAACUUGAACAAGAUCAACACCCAACAUCGACCUUUCAUCUAUCUCUGGGCAGCUAACAGAUGGCUCGCCUUCCGAGUGGACGUCGUCGGUGCUAUGGUCGCCUUCUUCUCUGGCGCUUUUGUUGUGCUUAGCGUUGGACGUAUUGAUGCAGGUGCCGCUGGUCUCGCACUCACCUAUGCUGUUACCUUUACUGAGAACGUCUUGUGGUUUGUUCGUCUCUACUCGGCCAAUGAGCAGAACAUGAACUCAGUCGAGCGUGUCAAGGAGUACCUCGAUGUUGACCAGGAGGCUCCCUCCGUCAUCUCAGCCAACCGUCCACCCUCUAACUGGCCAAGCAAAGGAUCUGUAGAGUUCAUCAACUACAGCACACGAUACAGAACCGACUUCGACCUUGUUCUGAAGGACUUGACCUUCAAGAUCCUCCCAGGAGAGAAGGUCGGUGUGGUAGGCAGGACAGGUGCCGGGAAAAGUUCAAUGGCUCUUGCCUUGUUCCGAGCGUUGGAGGCCGAGAAGGGCAAGAUCUUGAUUGACGACAUCGAUGUUGGUACGAUCGGCCUGCACGAUUUGCGGGAGAACGUCGUCAUGGUACCGCAAGAUCCGACAUUAUUCACAGGCACUAUCCGAAGCAACCUCGACCCCUUCUCCAUCUUUACUGAUGAAGAAAUCUACACCGCGCUACGCGAAGUCAACCUCAUUUCAACGCUAUCACGUCCGGCGUCCGGCACUGUAACACCUACCGGAGCAGCCUCCCCACCUCGCGCUGUCCAAAUCCCUAUCCCUACGACAGGGGCCGUGACUGCGGAUGUCAAUGCCAGCUACUCAGCCGCUACCACCAACCCUGGAUCCAUUCUGGCAAACCGCGACUGGGAGCGUGGUGAGACGCAAGAAGACACCAUCUUGGUGAUGCCUGAUGGGCGUCCCGCGGGCCAGGACGAUGCUGCGGCGCAAGCUGCGAUGGAGGCCGACAACAAGAAUCCAUUCAAGAACCUCAACUCGCCAGUAUCAGAGUCCGGUUCCAACCUGUCGCAAGGUCAAAGACAACUUCUCUGUCUUGCGCGAGCACUGCUCAAGGCACCCAAGGUGCUGCUGAUGGAUGAAGCCACGGCUUCUAUCGAUUACGCCACCGACGCGAAGAUUCAGGAAACUAUCCGUCAGAUCAAAAACACCACCAUCACAAUUGCUCAUCGUCUUCAAACGAUCAUCGACUACGAUAAGGUCCUUGUUCUUGACAAGGGUGAGGUCAUCGAAUAUGGCCACCCAUACGAUCUCGUGCGAAAAGAAGGCGGUUCCUUCCGGUCCAUGUGCGAAACAAGUGGAGAGCUAGAAACCUUGACUAGUACGGCGAAGACAGCGUACGAAGCGAAGCCUACAGCAGCCGUCGAAUAG